AUGGCUGAAGAAUUACAAGCCAAGCUGGAUGGUUUAGAUGUUGAGACUCUUCAAAAGCUAUUACUAACAGCUAUCACAAACAAAGGUUCACCUGGCACCACUUCAGUUGUGGUCGACCAAACAGCAAAUAGUGGUACUACAGAAAAUAAUGAUGACGUUGAAAAUGACAAGAUUGGUGAUGGUGGUGGUGCAGAAAUGCAAAUUAAUGUUGGAGUUGAUGCCAGUGGACAGAAUCAGAUCAUGAAAGACGACAGUUUAGGUACUUUAGAUAAUUUGUCUCACAGAAUAUUUUACCGGAGGAACUGCAUCAAAGAUAUUGAAGUGUUAAAGUAUCAAUUUACACAGGGUUGUUGAUAAGCACAUUAACCCUUAAAGUUGCAAUGUGCCCUGAUGCACCCUACUUUAGGUAUUAUUUUACUCUGUCUAAUGCCAGACAAUUAUACCUACUCGUCAAGGGAAGAGUGCUGCCACUCAAUGGCCAGGUUAAUACGGGUGUAGUGCCUAAUUAAGCAACUAGUUUAAAUGUGCAGAAUGGACUUUAUCUCGUCUUUAAAAAAACCUAGCUGUAUGUUUCUCUAAAUAACCCAUUAAGCUGCCAUGCUCCCUAAUGUGCCCAAUUUUGUUUCUAUACUCUUUUUAUAAUUUUAUACUUUAUAUUGGCAAGAAAUAAGGGGUAAAUAAAUGUUGGGUAAGGGUUAAAUGGGGAGUAUUUUAUUUUCAAUAUAGAACCUGCUGUCUCGCAGUCUGUAACAAUAAGUCAUGAAGCAUUUGACAGUGAAACCAUGACAUCGCCCAACACCUUAGCAAACAGUCUCCAAACACUGCAAAUACAACAAGAUCCAAAACCUGGCCAACAAGCAACAACUAACACACCCAACAAUGCAGCAAUUCCCAACCAAACCUCCCAGAUACCAGUACACCAAGCUACCCCAGUUUUUAUACCCCUCGACAGUAACCAAACUACUAAUUUUGAUGGCCAGAACAACCCAACUGGACAAGAUGUUAAGCUUACUGACGAGUACAACAUUAUCCAGCCUAAUGAAAGCUCUCCAAAACCAGUUACUUUACCAUCAAAUCAAUCACCAAUGAAUUUUGACCAACAUGACCAAAAGCCUAUGGUUACUUCUACCGCAGGCCAUAUUACCCAGCCCGACAGAAGUUUACUGUUUAAUACUUUGCCAACUGGAUCAAAGUCCCCAACCAGUUUUGACCAAAAGAUUGGGCACAAUCAAAAGCCUUUUUUAACUCCUACUGAAAUAACUCAGCCUGACAAAAGCAUGGUACUAAAUAACCCAUUUAGUUCACCAGCCAUUGCAUCCAACCCGCCACCAACCAAUGUUGACCAACAGACUGGAUAUCAUAAAAUAUCUGGUAUGGUUAUUCCUCCUGACGAACGAAUAAACCACCCUAAGAAAAGUUCACCAUAUGGCCAGUUUAAUGCACCAUCAAAUCGACCACCAACCAAUUUUGACCAACAUGAUCAGAAAUCUGGUAUCAUGGUUCAUUCUGAAGUUCACCAACCUAAUAAAAGUUUACCAAAUUCCCAGUAUAGUACACCAUCUCACUCACCAUCAACCGGUUUUGACCAAAGCCACCCAACACAUACUACUACAAUGUCAAUUUCCUCUACUAACGACACGCAAGAUAUUUCCCCCUAUGAUAUCCCGUCGGCAGUGCCACCUCUGUUGAUACCACUCUCAAAGGUUGGUCAGUAUUUGCCUGAAGGGAUGGCGAUGGUCGAUAGCAAAACUUGGAUACCUUUGGCAUUGAAACCUGUAAUUGUACUAAAAGAUCAAGUUGCUGUGAUGGUGUUUGAGCAGGAUGAUGGUUAGUUUAAACAACAGUUUGCAGAAACAUUUCCCACCAGGCUUGUGCUCAUAAAUGUACUUAUCCCAAGCUUUCCUAUAGAUGAGAGUUGAUGACUUGCGCUAGAAUAUGGACAGUGCAGUACUGCUUUAUCUAAACCUCACUCAAUGUAAUUCAUCCUUAAUAAAUGCCGACUGAAAAUGCUCAAUAUUUUUUCUAAAAUAUAGGUAUGUGCAGGGAAUGUGAAAAAAGGCAACUACUAGAACAGCAGGAGGAACAAGCCACGACACAACUGUCCAUUCAACAACAACAUGCAACUUAUUUCAACCAGCAACCUUUGCAGCUGAUGCAAGAAGAGCCAGUUCAAAACCAACCAUUUCAGCAAGUUAGUCCGUUCAACGAAACAUCUCUUCAAGUACAACAUGGUCAGACUUACGUAAACCAAGGGCAAGCAACAGCAGCAACUAAGCAACAACAACAGCAACAACAACAACUCAGACAAACACAAGAAUAUCAACAACAACAACGACAGCAGCAGCAGCAACAACAACAACAUGACCUAACCCUACAAUAUCCAGGACAACAACCUCAAAAUAACGAACAUCAACACAGUUUCUUUCACACCUCAAAUCCUUCCCAAUAUCGAGACCCACAACAACAACAACAGCAACAGCAACAACAACAACAACAGCAACCCCUAGCGUCACUUCCUGAACCCAUGCACCAAGAUCCAUCAAGAUCCCAGCAAGUCUUCAGAUCUUCCUCGUUACCCCAUCUACCUACUAGUACACAGUCUCCAGCACAACAAACCAGUGGCCAAGGAUCGAAUUUUGUGGUGAGUCUACGGAGAAAUCAAUUAUAACUUCAGAAGUAAAAAUGGUGUGGGGGGGGGGGGGCAACCAAACUACAUCGUGUAUGGUAUUACUGUAAUAUAACUUUAUUGUUUCUGGUUUUAUAGCCUGGAAUCCAAGCACCAGUUUGGAUGAGUGAUGAGAAUUGUAAAAACUGCAUGAACUGUGGAAAAACGUUCUCAGUGACCAGAAGGAAACAUCACUGUAGAGGCUGUGGGAAGGUAGUGAUUUUUCAAAUAGCUCGUGUGCCAGUCAUCACUUGAUGACAGCCUAGGAAAUGUUUGCCUUGGAAGACUUUGAAAAUUUUGAUGUUUUUUUUAAAAAGGGUGGGGACAUGUGGAAGCAAAAUUCGCAUUUCGCAAUGUUUUCAAGCAAAUUCAGAAACACUUUUUUGUGUGUGAUUUUUAUUGCAGAAGCAGUUUUAAAACUAUUGUUGGGAAACAAAUUUUGCUAAAAAUAUAUGACAAAAUAAUCAAAGUUCCCAAAUUAAACGUGAAUCACAACGCUGUCUUAUCCACGUGCUUCUCUUACAGAUAUUUUGCGGCGAAUGUUGUGAACAGCUGGCUCAACUGCCAUAUUUGGGACGGAAAGUGGCGCGAAUUUGUGUAGCUUGCACUCGAAUUAUUAGAAAAGGUAUAGUGUACGAAUUAAAGGCACAGUUCAGCAUUUUGAAUGAUGGUUUUUAAGGCGCAUUACAACUCAAGAUCAGUGAUCUCAAUGUUUUUAACAUUUUUUAAAACAUUUUUAAUUUACAAACAUUCAGUUCACUGAUCUUGAAUUAUGCUUAAUAAAACAAUCAUUCAAAAGGCUGAACUGUGCCUUUAAGAUAAUAGUCAAGUCGAACCCAAGGGCUGGUCUGCCUCUAUUGUACCACUAUGGUUAGAACUGUAAAGGAUGUCGUAUGCAGCGACCUCUAUAUACAUCUGGACUCUGGAGUAAGAACUUCAGCCAUUCGGCCUGUGAGAAAAAUGAAGCCAAGAUGGCGUACAUUGACGUCCAAUAGCUCUGAAGGUCUUAAGCAGUUUUUAUACCAUUUUCCCCGGCUUAUUCCACCGCAUCGCCAACCAGGUUAUCAGCUGUUCAUAAAACCACAGUGUUAUUCUUUAAAACGAUUUCAAAAUGCGGAAUUUGCGCGCACUCCUUGCCAGCUUCGGGUCAACUGCGCAGACAAAAAAGCAAUAGAAAGGGAUUGGAACGGACAUCUAAUAGCUCUUGAAUUUCCACCAUCUUGCAUGGCGUCACUUUUUGGACUUGGGUUCUCACUCCAGACAUAUAUGGAGCUCACUGGUCGUAUGUGCAUGUUCUGGUUUGUUCAUCAAAGCUUAGUGAAGUUAAUCACGUAUUCAUGUCUUCCUCAGCUCAUUCUGACAGGGCGAAACGUAAACAGGAAGAAAAGUCGCGCCGUCAUUCCCAGACCCCCGCACGAGCACCUGUUGUCAACCAUUCCUUGAUGUAUAUCCCCAACGACAACACGAGUCACGCCUCGACAUCAGAACUUGUUAAUAUCCCAGAGAACAACUUCAAUGUUCCACAGAGAACUAGUGAUGCUUACCAGACUUCUACAACACCUUUUGGAAACUUUAAUCCUGUUAAUGAUGCUACGCCUUCUGUACCAGGUAGGCUUGUUUGAUCAGUGGUUAGUGCAUGUUGGGGAUUAACACAAGCAUUUUAGUCUACUAACAUUUUGGCGGAAAAAGAUUGAGUUUUAGGAGGGGACCACUAUCCCACUUCCACCAAACCCCCACCACCCGUAAAAUUAAUUAAAUAACCCCCCCCCCCCUAAUGUCCGAUACUGACACCCCCACCACCCGUAAAAUUAAUUAAAAAACAUUUCCCUCCUCCUUUAAUGUCUGCAAUUGACACCCCCACUACCAGUAAAAUUCAUGAAAUAACACCCCCUGCCCUGGGUGCGAGGUUGCUUUAAUGUCCACCACUGAGCUUCCUCUUUGGCGCAGAUGUGCUUACCGUUUUUAGAAGCCAUCCACCAUCUCAAGUCGGGAAGCUUUCUUCGUAUGAUGAUCGUUGAAUCGGAUUCCAGUCGUGGGUUUUCACAAGAUCAUUGAUUGCAUUGAGGAAAACUCGUGGAAGAGAUCCGCCUCGUGCCGCAGGACGCACUAUCACGUGGACCCAGAUUAUGACCCGAUGUGAACUUGGAUGAACAAAGAAGCGAUUCAAAAUCUACAUAAAGUUUUUGAAAAGUAAGGUUUAUUUAAACAAGAUGUCGGUGCGACAGUGGUUUUAGGUUUCCUCCUGUAGUAACACUGGAUCAAUAAGAGAUGAUCCUUACUGGACCUCUAGGAAGAACAGUUUAGAACUGAUAGAGCUAUCCAGUAUGAAUAAAGUUAGUUUAGUUUAGGUUUCCUCCUGUAGUAACACUGGAUCAAUAAGAGAUGACUUUACUGGACCUCUAGGAAGAAGAGUUCUCUGGUAAAUAAAGUUAGUUUAGGUAAAGUUUCGUCCUCUAGUAACAUACUGUAUCCCUUAGCUGGACCUCUAGGGAGGACUGAUAGAGCUCUUUAGUGUAAAUAAGGUUAGUUUAGGUAAACCUUUACCUCCUCUGGUAACAAAGGCCUUUACUGGACCUCUUACAGUUUAGAUCUGCUAGUCCGACAUUCUAUUAUGUGAACAGCCAGAACCUCUAGCCGCUACAGUAAACUCACAACAGUACAUUUCACUUAUAGCUGAAGAAGGUGCUAUGAUACAAGCCGCUGUUAAUCUUUCUGUAUCAGUCAAGAAGAUUCAAGGUAGAGUUGGCGUAUACAAUUUGUACACGAGCGAAGACGAAUGGUUGCUUAUGUUUGUCUUCAUGAUAAAGUUCCAAUUCAUCAAUAACGUUAUAGACAUUAGUGAGCUUAAGCAAGCGACGUUUUUGUCAACGUCCCCGAAAAUUCGUAUAACUCAUUUUGGCGCCAUUUUGCACCACAGCGCUCAUGUGAGGAAGCAAAAAACUUUAUAAAUUUUUUGUCAUUUGUUCUUAUUCUCAAGUCCCCCAAUCUGACGUUCGUGCUGACAAAAAUGUCGCUUGCUAAAGCUCCCUGUUAUUGAUAUUCUUCAAUAACGUUAAGGGCAUGAAUAAUAUUUGGUGAAAAAUCUUAAAUUUUAUGUGAAUCAAUAGGAUUUUCUAUCAGAUAUACAAGUUCACGGUCAUGAUUUUCUUGUGAGUUUUGUUCGUGAAUUUUUAAUGAUUAUAAUUAAUACAUUUUGCCAUUAUUUUCUAUUGUCCAGUUGUAGUGAAGCAAGCAUUGCACGAGGCAUGGUUCCUCACUAGUCAUGGUUUUGCAAGCUGUGGUCAGAUGGAAAUUGCUUUUCUACUUGAAAAACGAAUCAUUGAAGAUGUGUUUCCUUAUGAAAUGCUCAAAGUGUUUCGCACUCUCUAUUCUUUGAUCUUAAAUCAAGGUGAGUUGAAUGUCUCUGACCAGCUCUCCUUCAUCUCUUCUCAUUACCUGCCCAUAUCCAUCUCAGCCUUGCUUCCCUCACCUUCUACCAAUCCACAUCAUCGUCGGAUCUCGUCAUUCCACCAUAAUGUCUCUGACCAGCUCUCCUUCAUCUCUUCUUAUUACCUGCCCAUAUUCAUCUCAACCUUGCUUCCCUCACCUUUUCUGCAAAGUCUACCAAAUAAUAUACAGCAUCUUCAGAUCUCUUCAUUCCAUAACGUCUCUGACCAGCUCUCCUUCAUCUCUUCUUAUUACAUGUCCAUACCAUCUCAGCCUUGCUUCCCUCGUCUUCUCUGCAAUGUCUACCACCUGACCAGCUUUUCUUCUUCUCUUCUCAUUACCUGCCCAUAUCCAUCUCAGCCUUGCUUCCCACACCUUUUCGUCUCGCAUAAACUUCAUUUUAUUGUCUUGCUGUAGGUGAACGAUUUGAUCAUGGUAAUUUCUUGGCGUUCAACAAUCCUUUACUUGGCAGUGAAGAUAAUGGAGGAUUUCUUUUUAUAGCGUCAGAUAAGUCUGUAAGUACCAAGUGUGAAUCAUGAUAAUCAUUCCCUAGCCGACACCACCUAUAGUAGUAAGCUUAUCUCAGCGACGAGAGUCAGUGUGAUAACCACAUCUAUCAGCCUUGCUUAGUGUGCACUGACCGUUUCCCCCUGUCGUUUUAGCCAAAGCUGAUUCAACAUCAUGCCUCUGGAAAGAUGUUACUCUUUGGAAUUUUACUCAAGCAAGCUGAGAUACCGUGUGCAAAAUAUGUUCCAACCAGAUUACUAAAUGCUUUGGGAGUACAACAACAAUGUAAGUUCUACCGUUAACUUACCAUCCAAGGUUGAUGACAACAACUCGUGUCAGCAGCUUUACCCUAAACUAACUUUAUACUGGAUAGCUCUAUCAGGUCUGAACUGUUCUCCCUAGAGGUCUCGUAAAUGCAUUUUUUAUUGAUCCAGUGUCACUACAGGAGGAUACCUAAUCUAAACUGACUUUCUAUUGGAUAACUGUCAGACAUAACUCUAUCAGUUCUAAACUGUUUUCCGUAGAGGUCCAGUGUGUGUCAUUCCUUUAGAUCUAGUUUUACAUACUACAAGUGCAAACCUGAAUUGAACUAACUAUAUUUCUACUGUAUAACUGAUAUAUUUUACUUUUAAACUAGGUUUCCCUUCUCCAGCGCUGAGUUCACGAGACAGACCAAGUGUGUGUAGUAUCGAACCAAAUGAGUUGUUUUAUUCCACAUUCUUUGCUCUCAAUCAGUUUUUGGUGCGUAUAUAUUGUCCUAUGAAUGUUUAUUGCUUGGGUCUUAAUGAACGUUAUACAGGACAACAGAUCUUGUUAAACUUCAGAUCUGUUCAUACUUGUCAAUUGAUUCUAUCUAUUUGCCUCCAAAUACAAGUCUAUGCAUAAAAUGAAAAUAAUUUAAAAAAUAAUUUUCACUCUGUUGACAGCCUGUUCAUACAUUUUUACCAGAUUGAUUCAACAUCUAACGUUUAUUCUUAUUCUAGAAUCGCAAGAUACCCCAAGCUUUGAUUCCUGACGUUCAUAUUUUAAAAUCUGGGAGCAAAGUUGUUUUGGAGUUACCAUUUACUUAUCAGACUGAAGUAUACCAUCUUGUUUGUUUGUUUGCCUGUUUAUUGUUGCUUGUAUGCUGGUUGGUUGGCUUGCUUGGCUGGCUGGCUGGCUUGACUUGACUUGGCUUGGCUGGCUGGCUGGCUUGUUGGUUAAUUAGCUAUUAUAAUGUUGUAACAUAAUAUUUACCUUGCAGAUUAUCGGUAUUUUGGAUAGUUUAUUAGUGGACGAAAGUAAGCCAGUGGCUGUUCCCAUUGCCGGAGACCUUGUUCCUGAGGCCAGCGGUCAUUUUGUGUACUCUCCUAGUAACACGGCGUCAUCCAGGCGAGGUUUCGUUGUCCUGCAAAAUAGCAACGAGCAAGUGGAGACUGGAAACCAAUGUAAGUUAAGCUUCGCUUGGGUAUAGGAACUGUCGUUUGUCAGAGCAUUCAGUCAUUAAAUGUCUACCUCUCCAUUUAGAUCUUGCAUUCAGUGCGAUCCUUCUUGUCUUGACAUUUGGAGAUGCUUGCAAUUCCCGGACCAGCUUUGGAAUUGAAGUUAUAGAAGGUUUGUGAAAAUUUUCAGAUAAAACCAAAUCUUAAGGACAGUCAAGUUGUGCUGGUGACACAAUAGUUAUGCUGCCGGGGUUCUUAACUUGGGAGCUAUCCAGUAUAAAUAAAGUUAGUUCAGUUUAGGUUUCUUUCUGUACUAACACUGGAUCAAUAAGAAAUGAUCCUCGGGAGAGCAGUUUAGAACUGAUAGAGCUAUCCAGUAUAAAUAAAGUUAGUUUAGUUUUGAAUGAUCCUUACUGAAUCUCUAGGGAGAACAGUUGAGAACUGAUAGAGCUAUCCAGUAUAAAUAAAGCUAAGAUUAGUUUGGGUUUCCUCCUGUAGUAACACCGAAUCAAUAAGAGAUGAUCCUUACUGAACAUCUAGGGAGAACAGUUUAGAACUGAUAGAGCUAUCCAGUAUAAAUAAAGCUAGUAAGUUUAGUUUGGGUUUCCUUCUGUAGUAACACCGAAUCAGUAAGAGAUGAUCCUUGCUGAACAUCUAGGGAGAACAGUUUAGAACUGAUAGAGCUAUCCAGUAUAAAUAAAGCUAGUAAGUUUAGUUUGGGUUUCCUCCUGUAGUAACACCGAAUCAGUAAGAGAUGAUCCUUGCUGAACAUCUAGGGAGAACGGUUUAGAACUGAUAGAGCUAUCCUGUACAAAUAAAGGGCAGCUAAAAACAUUACUUUUAUUUUCAAGAUGGCAUUACAGUGACAUUCAGCGAUAGUCAGGCCAGAGAAAUACGUCAAGCAAUUUACCAGGGCACAAACUGUGCAAUGUCUGUGGGAAUCUCCGCUGACUCAAAAGAACAGUUUACUCUUCGUUGGACGAGCGACACGUGUCAAAGCAUUCUUGAUGUUCCUACACCAAUCAGAGUGAUACAAAAUGUGAAGCCAAUCAGAGGUUAGUUUCUCUAUGAACAAAGUAGGUGGGUUUCAUUUGAGCGUUCGAUACGAUCACAAAAUAGACACAAACAGAAGCCCGACUUCUUGUUUUUUCCCCAUGACUUUGGCGUAACUGUAGUUUGUCAUCAAAAUGUGACGCCAUGGUCCUAGUCUGUGCGCUAAUGAGAGGCAUUCACCCCCCUGAUAAUAAUCAAAAUGACGGACGUCCAGGGGGUGGGGAAUGCCUCUCACAAGCGCACUGGCUAGGACUAUGGCGUCAGCAUUUUGAUGACGAAUCCUGGCGUGGUAUUUUUGGCCGAGUCGAUGCUACACGUGAUAAUCAAUUUCAAAUGUAUUGACACAGAGGAAGUGUAUAUAUCUUUACUCUUUGGUAUUGACAUGCGAGCAAGAAUAUGUUGCAAAACAUUGCAUGAAUGCCUCGCACUGUUUCGAUUUUACAGAAAAGCUUUUUUGCAAAGUGUAGACCUUAAGGAACACAUAAAAAAUUUUCCAAUGUACACUUUGAUCUAUCGUAUAACCUUUCCCAGGGGCUGGUGCAUGACUUUUCAGGAGAGGUGCAAAACGAUCUUGGGAGAGGGCGCACCUCCCCUCAAAAUCUGGUACCUACUAUAACAUUCUAUUUUACAUUGUUUCAGGUCACUUUCCAACUACUAUCGCAAGCCAACCUGCGGUUCGGGCAGAAGCAGGACAGACAAACGUAGUCAUAGAUCGAGUAAAGAGCAGAGACAUUGAAGCAGCCAUACAGACGAAAAUUAUUUCAGGGGACCCACAACAGUCGGUGAACAAGUUGGAAAACGAUGUGAGGCAAGCGUGUGCUGGUUGUUUACUCACGUUUGCAAACAGAUUGCGGCCUAAUGCAGAGAAACGAUUAAAUUUGACUUUAUCACUUGGUCCUGGAAAUUAUAAGGUAAGGUAUUUUUAACUAGACCUGUCAGAUGUAAGUGUUCUCUCUGGAGAUCCAGGGAGGGUCAUCUCUACUAAACUAACUUUAUUUAUACUGAAUAGCUCUAUCAGUUCCAAACUGUUCUUCCUAGAGGUCCAGUAAGGAUCAUCUCUUAUUGAUCCAGUGUUAUUACAGGAGGAAACGUAAACUAAACAAACCUUAUUUAUACUGGAUAGCUCUAUCAGUUCCAAACUGUUCUCCUUAGAGGUCCAGUAAGGAUCAUCUCUUAUUGAUUCAGUGUUAUUACAGGAGGAAACCUAAACUUAAACCGGCUAACUUUAUUUAUGUUGGAUAGCCCUAUCAGUUCUAAACUGUUCUUCCUAGAGGUCCAGUAAGGAUCAUAUCUUAUUGCUCCAGUGUUACUACAGAAGGAAACCUAAACUAAACGAACGUUAUUUAUACUGGAUAGCUCUAUCAGUUUUAAACUGCUCUCCCUGUUAAACUCAGCAUAUUUCUUCCACUAGAAAUGGGGUCUUGGUCCAAACAAUCAGCCCAUCAAUCUGGCACGAUCACUACAAUUGGCUCUGAAUGAAAUUGAUGUCCCCGAUGCCAAUGAUGAAAUUGUGUUUGUAUUUAAUGUCAUUCUUCAGAAAAAAAAUUAA